AUGGCAUAUGAGUACUAUGUGCUUGCGAAGAAAACUAGGGUGAAUUUUGGCACUGUAGUUCACCAAAUUGAAGGCACGUUCAUAGUGAUGUAUGGGGACCUUCCAAGGUUCUAUCAUUGGGUAUAUUUCAUGAGGCAAAAGAGUGAAGUUCUAGAUGUCUUCCUUAAGUGGAAGAAGUUGGUUGAGACUCAGACUGAGAGGAAGAUUAAAAGGAAGACCAAACUUGAUCCUAUAGCCAUGAAGACAUGUUUUAUGGUCUUUAUGGAUGGUGUUGAGGGAUUUCGUUUGUGGUGUCUAGAGUCUAAGAAGACUGUGUUGAGCAGAGAUGUGACAUUUGAUAACAUAAAAUCUACCUCCUUUAAUGCUGCUACUAGUGCUGGUGUUCAUGCUGCUAAUGUACAUUCUAUAUCUUUUAAACACUUUCUAGCUGCAACUGAAUCAAGUUGUGAACCUAAGAAUUUUACAGAAGCAUCUAAGUCACCACAUUGGUGUGAAGCUAUGAAAAAUGAGAUUAAUGCGUUGGAUGAGAACAAUACUUGGUCUAUGGUAAAACUGCCUAAGGAUAGAAAGGCCAUAGGAUCCAAAUGGAUUUACAAAAUAAAAUAUAACCCCGAUGGGACUAUUGAGAGAUAUAAAGCUAGACUUGUGGCAUAA